GUCUCCUCCUGCCUCUCCUCUCAUCCACGCCCCCUCGCCAUCCGUGCCGAGCGACGGAACGAGACGAAAUGGCGCAGUGGGACGCGCUUGUGGAUGGCGCGCUCGCGAGCCUGGCCGCUCGGAGACUGCUGUUCAACACGCGCCUCAUCGCCCUCGCGCCGCCGCCGCCGGCGCCCUCCGAAACCAGCUUCGCCGGACCGGGCCCCUGGGACCGCGCCACCGUCGAGAUCCAGGUCGACCGCACCUCCAUCCAACAAUGGCUCGCCGCAAAUGGCGAGGUGAGCAGCCAAGAAGACGACGAGGCGAGCCGGGAGCUGAUCCUCUUCUCCGGGAACGACUACAUGUGCCUCAGCUCGCAUCCGGCAGUCCGCGAGGCUGCAGUCAAGGCAGCUCAAGAGUAUGGCAUGGGGCCGAGAGGCUCUUCGUUGAUCUGCGGGUACACUACUUAUCACAAACUGGUCGAGGAGUCGCUGGCGAAACUGCAGAAAAAAGAGGUACAGCACGAAACAAAACAGAUAUUAUUACGCUGUUUUAUUAAGUGUUUUCUUCACCUUUACAUCGAUCGAUUUUGGUCACUUCUACAGGAUUGCCUUCUUUGCCCCACCGGAUUCUCCGCAAACACGGCCUUGAUGACCGCACUGGGCAGCAUCAGCUCUCUUCUGGCCGCUGGGAGGAAACCCGCAGAGGAUGAGAGGAUCGCGAUUUUCUCAGACGCGCUGAACCAUGCCUCCACCAUUGACGGGAUCCGCCUCGUGGAGAGGCAGCACCAAGCAGUGGCCUUCGUCUACAAGCACUGCGACAUGUCGCACCUUGAUUUCCUGCUGUCCAGUUGCCCGAUGGAAAAGAAAGUUGUUGUCACGGACAGUCUGUUCAGCAUGGAUGGGGAUUUUGCUCCGUUGCCUCAACUAGUCAAAUUACGCAACAAAUAUGGAUUUUUGUUGGUCGUCGAUGAUGCACAUGGAACGCUUCUUUGCGGCGAGAACGGUGGUGGCAUACCUGAGCUGUUUGGAUGUGAAGAUGACAUUGACAUAUGUGUUGGCUCCUUAAGCAAGGGAGUCGGUUGCCAGGGUGGUUUCAUAGCAUGCAGCACUAGAUGGAAGAGGCUGAUUCUAUCGCGAGGCCGCUCAUUCAUAUUUUCGACAGCCUUGCCGGUGCCCGUGGUUGCUUCUGUGCAUGCUGCAAUCCACGUCUCGAGGAAGGAGAGAUGGCGAAGGUCGGUCAUCUGGGAGCACGUGCAGUAUUUCGCUUCUCUGACCAAACUCAAGGUAACCAGCCCCAUCAUCGUCAUCCUCGUCGGAAGCGAGGAGGCGGCGGUCAAGGCUCACAGGCAUCUUCUGAGAUCUGGAUUUCUCGUCCAGCCAAUCAGACCGCCCGUGGUGCCACCCAACUCAAGCGGGUUUCAAAUUUCGCCUUUUUCCCUUGGCAAAUAUACUGUAUGUGAACCAGAUAGGCAGAGUCUAUUUCAAGAGAAAUUGACUGAUUGUUGAACUACUGGUAGGUUGCGAAUUACUCUUAGCUCAGCUCAUACCUCGGAUGACAUCAGAAGGCUUGUUGACGCGCUCGCUCCCUGGCUCCCGGCUCAACAUGCUGAGCAGGGUUGCGCUUCAGUUUCAAGAUUAUAAUUAUAAGCAACGGACCACUAUUCAUGAUAUAAUAAAGAUAUAAUCGUGUCACCACUA